AUGGGCGUUGUGCUCAACCUUGCGACGUGCAUUGAUACCCUUGCCAAUGCCUCCGCGCUUCCCAUUGUAACACUUCACAGUGCAGCUGUUCCGCUGUCUCUCUGGUCCUUGGCCAUGGCUCAAGCGCUUUUCUUCUUCCCACAGUUGUGGAGUUCACUCAUUGCCGAUCGCUUUGCACGGCGCUUCAACGGGAUUACUGCAUACGCGGCAACACUACUCGCCACGGCGAUCAGUAUCCUCGUCACUGCAAAUGCGCUUCGUGAACACUCCUUGUUUUUGUAUUUGCUUGCACGUCUGAUGAACGGUCUCUUUCGUCACACUUCCUUGUUCGCCGCUCUUGCCAUUCAUGAACUUCCCGAUGCAUCAAAAGGAUGUGACGCAAGGAAACUUUCUCGUGUCAGUCUUAUCGCGGCAAUGGUUUUUGGUGGAGCCCUUGGGGACUACGUUGCGGAUGUGGCUGCUGCAACUGACAUCCUGGCUGUCAUGGAGUUUGCAACUGCCUUGGCGCUCAUGUUUCUCUCCUUUACGUGUACAUUUAGGUCAAAGGCCGGUAACGCGGUUCCGACGGUGAAAGCGUAUAAAAAUUGGCUGAUGAAACAGAGCUCUCACUGGAUUCCGGCCUUUGCGCCUAGCGCCCUCAGCGCCAGUUAUGGAUCUAUGAUCCAGUGUAUGUAUCCUUUCAUAGACCGGAACUUCUUUCACUUGGACUAUGUCUAUAUUGGACUGCACAUGGCAGUGCUUAUUGCUGUUCAAGUCUUUUUGGCGCCUUUUGUGGUAAAACGAUAUGGCGAAAGGAACCCGUGGAUGAUUCAUAUUUGUGCCACGUUCCUUUUUUUGGGUGCGUGGACCAGCCCUUGGGUAACUAAUAACGGUCUUGUAUUGUACUUGUGCAUGACACUGCUCUUGACGGAUCUUCCCGCCGCUGUGUUGGAGCUGAUGUUUUCUUCGGCGGCUGAGGGCGAUUUCAAGGCCUCCGAGAAGGGGUUUGCAAUUACACUGCAUCGUCACGUCAAACAGACCUUGAAACAGUGGUCUCGUAUCCUUCUUGUCUCUGUUCAUACAAUGCUAGGCAAUCGUGAGGAUGCAACGCGCGUAGCAACGAUGCCUAUUGCAAUGGGUCUGGUUGCACUCAUUUUUACACGGCAGACGAGUGCGGCAUUGAUUGUUGUCCCGCUCGCUGCUUGGGUACUGGCGACCUCUCCCCCCCUGGACGGCGAAGCCAUUUGGACUCCGUUCAUGUCGCAGCUUCGUUCAAUGAUCUCUGUGCGCCCCACGGACGGGCCUUGA